UUGGGUACUUGAGCCGUCUGCUUGGAAGGGAAAACACGAAUUCGUGAUGGUGUAUGAUACUAAAGGUAGUGUUCUGUUCAAUUCCGAGCAAGAUGAACCGGCGAUCCGUUCGCAUUCUGGGCUUGCUUGUACUAUUGACACAGAAUCUCAAUAUUAUUGAGACUGCGGAUAUCAACGGUGAAGGCCGUCAAAAAGAUGUGAACGUGACAUAUUUAAAGACGGUGAAAGAUGAGAAACAAAAUUCAUCCAACGCGUCAGCAUUCCCCGUAGCUAAUAAUGACACUUUCUUCAGUCGUCACCCAUCUCGGAAUGAGCUUGAUCCUGCCCUACCAGGCAAAGGAUCAGCUGAAGAAGAGCACCAUAACUCGCUUUCCAUCUUUUUAGUUUUAGUCCUUCUAGGAAUAUGCAUUCUCUUGGUCCAUGUCAUGCUCAAAUUUCACUUUCACUAUGUGCCUGAAAGUGUAGCAUUCAUUUUUAUUGGUGCCUUGGUUGGGCUAUUCUUAAAGCUUAUGUCUUAUCAGCAUGUUGCUGAUUGGGCUAAAGAAGCAGCUUUUUCACCUACCAUUUUUUUUCUUGUUCUUUUGCCACCCAUCAUCUUUGAAUCAGGCUACAACUUGCACAAGGGCAAUUUUUUCCAAAAUAUUGGGUCCAUUACAGUUUUUGCCGUAUUCGGGACUCUGAUCUCAGCCGUGGUUGUCGGAAGUGGAGUCUAUGUUUUAGGACUGGCAGACAUUGCUUACAAACUGAGUUUUAUCGAGAGCUUCGCAUUUGGAUCGUUGAUAAGUGCAGUUGAUCCUGUUGCUACUUUAGCUAUAUUUCAAGCGCUGGAUGUUGAUCCGGUGUUGAAUAUGCUCGUAUUUGGAGAGAGCAUUCUUAAUGAUGCUGUUGCCAUCGUGUUGACAACAACUAUCCUCGAAAUUGAUUCACCUGAAAUGAAUGACAUGUCCGGUGGUCAGCUAGUAUUGCACGGUGUUGGCCGAUUCUGCCUUAUGUUCUUCGCCUCGGCCGCCAUCGGAGUGGUCUUCGCACUAACCAGCGCUUUGUUGUUGAAGUAUGUCGAAUUGCGACGUAAUCCUUCCCUAGAAUUCAGCAUGAUGAUGGUGUUCACCUACCUACCGUAUGCGCUGGCUGAAGGUAUCCAUUUGUCGGGCAUCAUGGCCAUCCUCUUUUGCGGAAUUGUCAUGUCGCACUACACACACUAUAAUCUGUCACCGAUAACCCAAAUUACAAUGAAGCAGACCAUGCGGACGAUCGCAUUCAUUGCAGAAACGUCAGUAUUCGCCUACUUAGGACUUGGUAUUUUUAGCUUUCCUCAUCGGUUUGAACCCGCACUUGUCAUAUGGAGCAUUGUUCUAUGUUUAUUAGGACGCUUGGUGAAUAUAUUUCCACUCUCCGCUCUGGUCAACCGCUUCCGCCAACAUAAAAUAACUAAAAAGAUGAUGUUCAUCAUGUGGUUCAGUGGCCUGCGAGGUGCCAUCGCCUACGCGCUGUCGCUUCAUCUUGAAUUCGAAAUGGAGACAAGACGUGUUAUAGUCACUACCACACUCGUGAUUGUUCUCUUUACGAUUUUGGUGCUCGGAGGAUCUACGAUGCCGCUACUGAAAUGCCUUAAAAGUAAAAGUCCAACACGUAACAGACUUAGAAAAAGUGGUGCUCCAGUAAACGCAACGUUAAGCAAGACACUGAAGCUGGAUCAGCCUCUGGAGUCGGAUGUACUUUCUGAGAUGACAGAAGAAGAAAUGGAUGUCACGUUGAUCCAGCAGCAGCAAGCGCUCAGUGGUUUCAUUCGUUUCGAUUUACAGUAUCUGUUCCCGAUUUUUACACACCGUUUUUCACGGAGUGAGGUGCGUGAGUGUCGCCAACAAAUGUCGAAUUUAGCUAGUCAGUGGCAACAGGCCGUUCGCUCGUCGCCAGCAGCUAUAUCUUCUUCCACACAACCAGUUGCUACGUCUCAGCUGAACAAUAGUGAAGCCAACAAUAGUUCUGAAUGAAAGGUAAAGACUGCCAAAAAGGAAAGAAUCUUUCAAUACUUCCUUGCCCUUUGUACCUCUAUAUAUUUAUUUGAG